AUGUCGCCCUCAGCAAUCCACACAAAGGUCACCCCGCCAUACCAAAGGCCCAAUCUCUAUAUCCAUGGCAUUGGGGUUGAAUACCCUCCUUAUGAAAUCAAGCCAGAACAUCUAGCGACUCUUGCACGACGCUUUUAUCCCAGUACCCCAGCACUCGAAAAGGUGCUGAAGAUCAAUGAGUAUACUGGGAUUGACUCUCGUUCUGCGAUUGGCAAUAUUGAUCAUCCCAUAGCGAAUGCGCCUGAACCCCCAACAAUAGCAGAGUUGUGCGAUCUCUUCCUCGACCAUGGUGUGAAGCUGUCAAUAGAAGCUUGUCGCAAGGCCCUCAAGCAAUGGGGAGGGGAUCUUUCUGAAAUCACCCACGUAGUUGCGACCACCUGCACCAACUCGGCGAAUCCAGGCUAUGACCAUUAUGUCAUCAAGGGACUCGGGCUCAAUCCAAGCAUAGAAAAGGUCCUUUUGCACGGAGUGGGUUGCUCUGGCGGUCUCGGAGCGUUACGAACGGCCGCCAACAUCGCGCUUGGUUCCAGCUUCCGACGAAAGCCUGCGCGCAUCCUGGUGUUCGCCUGCGAGAUCUCAAGCACCCUGGUUAGAUCUGAGCUGGACUCAAUCCACAAGAACCAGGAGGUCAGAAUAGGCGUCACCUUGUUCAGUGACUGUGCCUCAGCGGUGGUCCUCGGUAAUGGUUUCAGUGAUCGCUAUGACGAGGAACCAAUCCUGGAGCUCUUAGGCUGGGACCACAAGAUUAUUGAAGACACCGAAAAGGAUUUGGGCUUCGAUGUUGACCCUGUUGGGUGGAAGGUGGUCUUGACACAGCGAGUUCCCAAAUUAGCGUCAGCUGCGGUUCCUGGCAUGUUUGAGGACUUGGUAGGGUCAAUACCAGAGCUCGUCGAUCUGGGGAAAUUCAAGGCUUCUGAUUAUGACUGGGCGCUUCAUCCUGGUGGCUCCACAAUCAUCACCGGGGUAGAACGAACAAUGAACCUGAAACCCGAGCUUCUUCGUGCAAGCUAUGAGGUUUACAUUACUCACGGCAAUAGUUCCAGCGCCACCAUCUUCAGCGUCAUGAAUCGGCUGCUGGAGGGUGAAACGACAGACCACAUCGUGGCUUGUGCCUUUGGCCCAGGAAUUGCUGUCGAGAUGAUGAUGCUCAAAAGAAGCAAUCAAGGAUCAGACCCAGGAUCCGACAGCCCAACAGAGACUUUGGUUGCCGAGGACGUGGACUGA